CUCCGACAUUAGCAUCGGUCGCAGGCUGCAGACAGAGGACCAGCAGCCGCAGCAGCAGAGACUGAGGCCUCAGGUUCCCCCGGUUCACGAGCUCAACCUCAGGGUGUUUGUGCACAAAACUCUCGGUUGUAGGGCUGUGGUUUAGCAGUCAGUAUGGCGGUAGUCAUCAGACUGCAGGGUCUGCCCAUAAUGGCUGGGACCAUGGACAUCAGACACUUCUUCUCUGGCCUCACCAUCCCUGACGGGGGAGUGCACAUCGUAGGUGGUGAGCAUGGCGAGGCCUUCAUCGUUUUUGCCACUGAUGAGGAUGCUCGGCUGGGGAUGAUGCGUACAGGCGGGUCCAUUAAAGCCUCCAAAGUGUCGCUGUUGCUGAGCAGUAAGACAGAAAUGCAGAAUAUGAUUGAACUCAGUCGCCGCAGGUUUGAGGCUGGAGCAGGUGCCGUUGAAACAGCUGCACCUACAGCAGGAAAUGCCAAUCGGCAAGGGGGCACUGCCCUUAUACCCACAGUGCAGUCAGGGGCAGGGGGGAGAAGUGGUAGCCAUGGAAACCAGGGUUUCAGUAACACCUCUGCAUUAGUGACAGCUGCCAGCUCAAUACAGGAGCCACCAAGCCACAAAGUAAUAGCCAGCUUGGCUAGCAUAGUGCACUGCUUCCCCAACAGCUACAGCUCCACACCUACAAUCACCACAGCUCUUGCAUCACUCAAUGCAGGUCCCCCGCCCAUCCCUCCACUUCCCAGCAUGCCAUCCAUGCCCCCGAUGCCUACACUGCCCACCAUUCCAGUUCCCCCUCAAGUGUCCUCGCUACCCCCUGUCCCUACUGUCUCCCCCAUGUCACAAGGCCCUCCAAUGCCUCCUAUGUCUCACCUCUCCCACAUGUCUUCCAUGCCUCCCUUUAACCCCUCCCUACCUCCCCCAGCAGGAUUAGGCCCAGGUCUUCCUCUUGGAACCCCCAACCCAAUGCUGUUUAAUCCUCUCUCUCCCCUGGCCUCUCUUGGCCUUCAGGCUCACAUGAAGGCUGCAGCAGCUGCAGCCUCUGGGGUAGGAAUAGCUAAUCCGGAUGAGUUGUUUGUCCUACUGCAGAAUCUCCCAUUCUCCUGCUCAGAGCUGGAGGUCAGGGAAUUCUUCCGGGGUCUGAGUGUGGAUGGGGCUCGUCUGCUGAGGGAUGGGCAAGGUCGACCAAGUGGCAGGGCUAUUGUCAAGUUCUUCUCACCUCAGGACAGCUUUGAAGCAGUGAAGCGGGGAGGUGGCAUGAUGGGUCAAAGGUUCAUUGAAAUCACUCCAUCCUCUGAGCGGCAGUGGGCCAGCCUCGGUGACGGUAUGAUGGGUCAUGCGCCACACAAUAGCAGCAAAUCAGAUCACAUCAACGAAUUUCAGGACCACCAGCACCGUCGUGGAAAUGCUGGUUCCGGGGGUAGGGAUCAGCGAGGAAGGUCAAGAUCUCCCCACCGCCAGGAAUUCUGUGUCUACCUGAAGGGCCUCCCCUAUGAGGCAGACAAGAAACAGAUUAAGGAGUUCUUUAAUAAUUUGUCUAUUGUGGAGGACAGUGUCUACAUCGCCUAUGGACCCAAUGGGCGAGCCACAGGAGAAGGCUUCCUUGAGUUCAAAGCAGAACAGGACCACAAGACUGCUCUGGGUUCUCACAUGCAGUACAUGGGCACCCGCUUUAUCCAGGUCCAGCCAAUCAGCCGGAAAGGAAUGCUUGAAAAGAUUGAUUCCAUCCGCAAACGUGAAGCAACACAGGGUGAUGGAAAGAACCAGGAUGGCCUGAAAGCUCCCAGGAACUGCGCCCACAUUACCAACAUUCCUUACAACAUCUCCAAGAAGGAUGUUCGUGCCUUCCUCGACGGUGUAGGGAUUUAUGAAGACACCCUGAAGGUUCUUUCAGAUAGCCAUGGCAAUGGUUUAGGACAAUCCAUCUUCCAGCUGCGAACUGAGGAAGAUGCCCGCAAGGCUGAAAGACUGCACCGUCAAAAACUCAAUGGCCGCGAUGCCUUUAUCCACCUAGUGACCUUUGAGCAAAUGAAGGAAAUCGAGAGAAAUCCUCCCCCACAGAACAAGAGGGGCCAACGCACCCAAAAUCAGCAGGGCCAAAAUCAGAAUCCGCACCAGCAAACCCAGUCUAGUCCCCAGCAGCCCCAGAUCAACCCAUUUGCUGGGAUUAGUGGGGAAGAGUUUAACUUUCUCAGAAACACUAUGGGGAACCUUAAUAAUGCCCAAUUUGUAACUCCAUUCUCAGCCCCAGGGAAUGGGCUGGCAGGCCCUCCUCCUCUGCCUCCCCUGUCAGCAGGGCUGGGAGAUGUGAAUCUGGGUUUGGCUCCACCACUAGUUGCCGGUCUUCCUGGAGUAGCAAUCAUGGAACCACCAGGCUUUCGAACUGGAACUGGUGGAGGACUUUCAUUCAGUCAAGAUGGGCUUAGAGGCUUGGUGUCCUUUGAAAGUGCCAACAGAAAAUCAAGUGGAGGAGGACAGAAUAGAGGAGGAGGUGCUAACAACAACCAAGGACGUCCAGGUGGUGGGGCCACAGGUGGGCAGCAGGUGUUCACUCAAGGAGCUGACAGUCUCCGUAACCAGCCAGCCCCUGGCGGAUCCAGCAAUCCCAAUAGUCAACGUGGUGGUGCUGGCCCAACAAUUGUAAAACUUCAGAACAUGCCAUUCACUGUAACCGUGGAUGAGAUCAUGGACUUCUUCUAUGGCUACCAGGUGUUGCAAGGCUCCAUUUGCCUGCAGUUCAGUGAGAAAGGCCUACCAACUGGCGAGGCCAUGGUGGCCUUUCAGAACCACGAGGAGGCUGCUGCUGCUGUCUUGGACCUCAAUGACCGACCUAUUGGCGCUCGUAAGGUCAAAAUAAGCCUUGGGUAAAGCCCUACCCAAAACAGACUAACUGUAGAUACAAGAUGUUACACCUACCCUGGAUCAACAAUCUAGGUAAAAGCAAUUAUACCAGAUUAGAUUUAAAACUCAAUGUUUUUUCAGUUUAGACCAUGCCCUGUCUGCUCACUGUCAGUUAUUACUAAAGAGCACCCUCUCCUUGUGUGAAGAUAAUAGCAGGUAGGCCCCAGCCCCUGCAGUCUGUCUAAUAGGAAGACUCUGAUCCAGACUUUGCUCUUUCCUGCAGCUCCUCCACUGACUAUCGUAACACAAACUGAUGAUGGUGAUUUUGGUCUUAUCUUGUCUUGUUUCCAUGACAGCUUUGCAGCAUUUUGUCCAAUAAUGUCAAGAGUUGAUGCAUUGAACACACUCUACACCUGUUGUGCUGCUAUGGUACCAUGAUGGUUUAAUGAGCAAUUCUUGCUUUUUGCGUUUCAAUAUGCUCUGCUGGUGCAAUGGUAAGAUGAUAUCAUGCGCUGUUGCCACAAAAAAAUAUAUGAUGAAAAGUCACAGUACAAAUGCCAUGAUAACAUGUCAAUGCUCUGUUGCUAUUGUAAGAUCUUAAAAUGCUCUGUUGCUAUGAUAAACUCUGAAAAUGCUUUUUUGCUGUGGUCUAAUCUUCAAAUGCCAUGUUGCAGUGACAAGUUUAACAUGCUGUGUUGCGAUGGUAAAACCUGCUGUAGAUUACGUGUUGGUGCUCUGACGCUACGGUAAUGUCUUCUUCGCAUUUCCUGUUGCUACGAUAAAAUCAUAACGUAAAGCUAUGUUGCUGUUAUGGAAUGUUAAUGCUCUGUUGCUGUGGUGAAAUGUUGACAUGCCUUGUUGCAUCGUUGUAACACGACUAUACAUUUCUGUUUGCAGUGCUCUGUGGAUGUGGGAUGGACAGAUUCCUUACUCAUGUUUAAUUUUGUAAAUAAUGCACUGGGGCUGCUGAAUCCUUUCCCUCUUGUCUUAUUUUUCUGAUGUUGCUGUGUUUUGACAAUGCGACUACCCCCAGCCCCCAAGCCUUUUCUUUGCACAUGCUCAGCAGGUUUUUGGGGGAUUGUAGAACGUUGAGAUGAGGUCUAGCAUUUUUAGUUUGGUAGCUGUUUGUUGUAUGUAGAUUUGACAAUGUUUUGGAUGUUUCCACCUCGAAGCUAAUAUUUUUUUGCUCCAAUUAUCAGUGUAAACAAAUGUGUAUGAUCAUAUAACCAUACAUGAUGUGGAGUCGUCUUUGCUUUGGUUAAUAAAAGGACAUUCCUGAUGCACUAAUGCUCACCUGCAA